UCACCUUCGUCGCUAUAAAUCGACGCUCUGCGUCGUCUCAUCCAUCUAGUGAGGCUAGUCCAGACAGAUAACCACAAGUCGGAAAGGAAAACCAGGCGAGAUGAACGCACGCGACCUCCUCUUCUCCGGCGUCGACAUCGUCAAGCAACAGGCGAGCGCCGUGGCCUCCACCGUCUCGCUGGCCAAGCCGUACCUCCCGGCAAAGCUAACCGAGAUGAACACGGGCAACAUCGUCGCCGGUCUCGGCUACGUCAAGAACCAUACAGGAGCGGCCGUGGCCUCCACCGUUUCGUUGGCCAAGCCGUACCUCCCAGCAAGGCUUACCGGGAUGAACACCGGCGACAUCGUCGCAGGUCUCGGCUACGUCAAGAACCAUACGGGAGCGGCCAUGGUCUCCACCGUCUCGUUGGCCAAGCCGUACCUGCCCGCAAAGCUCUCCACGCGGGACGGUGCCGUGGGAACCGCGGCGAUGGUCAUCGGGGGCGCCGUGGGCGCCUACUUCCUCUGGCCCGCUGCGGCCGCCCCCGCCGCGGCCGGCGCCAUGAUGAAGGCGCCUGGUGCCGCCGGCUUCCUCAUCUCCCGCACGGCGUUCCUGGCCAACCCGCAGGUCUACUACCAGAUCCUCCGCACCGCUGGCGCCGCGGCGGCCGCCGCCGCUUUCGUGUAGGGAAGCAAGCAAACGCGCCCCUUGGAUCUCUCCCCCGUUUGCUUUGUUUCGCGUAGUGUGUUUAAUUAAGCGUGGUUCGACUAUAUGGUGGUUCAUUCCAUCUAUUCUACUGCUGUAUACAGUAUACUCCUUGCCGUGGGAGCGAGAGAAGAUGGGGGUGAUAAUAAGCGGUGCCUCGUACUCGUGUUUGCCAUUGUUCUAGCCAUUGUGUUCUGUUUGCGAUAUUGGUGUUUUGAAGCAAUUGCUGGCUGCUGGUUCCUGCUGUAUUCUCAGUUCAUGUGUCGAAUUGUCCCUAUAUUGUUA